AUGCUGGACGAUGACACAGUGGAUGAUCAAGACGCCAUCCCGUCAUUUAAUCCAACAGUAACCAGGGUUAAUUUAACACUGACGUGGCCGACACCUUCAGGGAUAACUAAGGAUAAUGUCACACAGUUUUGCGAGAAAAAAUUGCGUUACUCCAAAGCUGGGGCUGCCUGUGGGCAAGUUGAAGGGGUAGAUGUGGAUGGUUUGGCGACUGAAGAUUUCUCGUGGGCAGCAGGUAACUUUGCGGCGUUGGAAACAUCUUGCAUUGCAAAUAUUUUCAACAAUAUUUCGUCGUUCAAGAACACAACUGACGGAAGUAUUGAACUGGAUACAGACAUCCUCUCAUCGCUUUGUCCAAAUGACUGCUCAGACAAGGGAGAUUGCGUUAAUUCAACGUGCAUUUGCCACGAAGAUUACACCGCUGCAGAUUGUUCAAUCUCAUUGAAAGACAGUCCACUCGUCUUUGAUAUCCGCAAGUCAGGAUUGUGUGACAGACGGCGAAGACCAUGUCGGAAUGUUGGUGUGUUUGGUUUCCCGUUGUUGGACUCAGAGAACCUUACCUGCCAUGUCCAAGAAUAUAAGGUCAUAGACUCAGUAUGGAAACCCAGCAAUUCAAGGACCUUAUACCCAGGACAACUGGUCGACCUCACUGAAGUGAAAUGUUCGCUGCCAGAAUCCCCAGUAAAUAUCGGUGACUAUGGCAACGAAGGCGUAACAGCCGCUGGACUGAAGAUUGCGAUUUCAAACAACCGCAUCAACGCCUCCAAAGACUCCGUGUUAUUUAUAACGUAUGAUUCUGUGUGUCAAGAGUGCAACACGACUGUAGGCUGUCAUCUUCGAGCUGAUGCUUGCAUCAUAUCUGGUCACUGUUUCGCUAUGAACGGCAGUAACCCACGUGAUUGGUGUCAACAAUGCUUGCCAGAAUUGUCGACUACUUCCUGGUCAAAACGCAAAGAUAACAGACCACCAAUUUUAACAUCGUCCAGUGUGUUUUAUGCGUUCAAAGGCAAACAGCUUCGCGUACAAUUGAGCGCUAACGAUCCAGAGAAUCGCACAGUCCAGUACAGCUUUGCACAAAGCAAAACAUUUGGAGCAACUUUGUCUAAAAACGGAUCAUUCACCUGGACUAAAAACGACAGAGGAACCACGGCGUUUGUCUUUAAUGUUACCGACGAAUGUGGAGCGUAUUCUACUCUUAAUGUAUCUGUAGUAUUGAAGGACUGUCCCUGCUUGAAUUCAGGUGAAUGUCAGCCAGACUAUCGUUAUCUCGAUGGAGCUGGGAACUUCACGUGUUCCUGUCCUGCUGAGUAUACGGGUGACCUGUGUGAAGAUGAUGUUGACGAGUGCGCUGCUUCAAAUCCUUGUCAUAAUGGAAGUUGUGUUAAUGAAAAACCUGGCUUCUCCUGUUCCUGCUUUCAAGGAUACACUAGUCGCCUUUGUCAGACUGAGAUAGAUGAGUGCGAAUCAGACCCUUGCUUCCCUGGUGUCAAUUGUACGGACCAAAUCGCUAGUUUUAGCUGUGGUCCGUGCCCCCCUGGAUAUACUGGCGAUGGAAAGUAUAACUGUAGCAGAGUUGAUGGAAGUGAGUGUUGA